AUGACCAACGAACACAGUCGUGCUGUAUUCAACAAAGCAUUCGACAGGAAACUCCUUGUGGAUAACUUUGCUCCCACUGUUCAACAGAGGCGCGACUUUUACCAUCCUACAGAGGCUCCGGAGGAUGCGAUCCUCGUUGCCUCUGGGUCGAGAUCAAGACGAUCUGACAGAUUGACCAGGAAAUAUCGCCACCUCGGUAUUGAAAUGUAA